AUGAGUGAGUCGGACGUGGCAGUGACGGCUACAACGACACAGCCGCAGCAGCAGCAACAUCAGCCUCUCGGCGACUGGGUAGAGUCGCUGCUAGCGCAGAUCGAAAGCCGUUUGGACGAGAAGAACAAACAGGUCGCACAGCGAAUGGCGGAUAUGGCAGAGCGAAUUGAUGCUUUGGAAGCGUCGAUUCAAGACCUUGUGCAUGGGCCUGCGCCACAGGGUACGCCAUCCCUCUGA